AUGCGGAUGCCUAAUUUCUUACUAUUAGUACCAACGGUAUUAUUGAGUGAAUUGCCUUUGUAUGCGGCUGAUCGUACUACCAGUAGUACCACUACCAGUCACUGUGUCAAAUGGCGUGCAACAUCAAAUUGUGACCCUCAUGGUCAACGUGAGCCAACGAAUGACGCCACGUGUUCCCAGCGCAUUUCAUCCGGUCUCUCGGGCUUUUGUGAGUGUGAAGGCCGUCGCCAUGUACGCGAAGUGAAUUGUGAUCAUCACGAAUUUACAUGUGAAGAAGCGUGUGCUGAGGAUUCAUCUGCUGAGCUCAGUUAUUCACAAGGUUUUGAACAUGUGACGUGUGGUAGUUCCAUUAAACUAGUACAUGAGAUGACACGCUAUCGUCUACACUCGCAUGAAGUCGCGUAUGGUGGCGGUAGUGAGCAGCAGUCGGUUACAGCGCAUGCAGCACGGAAUGAUGUUAACAGCUACUGGCUUGUGAAGGAAGGAGAUGCUGAACCAGUGUGUGAAGUGGGAAAACCCAUUGCAUGUGGAUCUACGAUUCGGCUCGAGCACAUGCUGACACGACGAAACUUGCACUCGCACAUGUAUAAGCCGCCCUUGUCGUUGAAAAACCUAGAGGUCAGUGCCUUUGGAGUGGCUGGAGAAGGUGAUCGGCUGGACUCUUGGAUUGUCGAAUGUCAGGAGAAUCAGCAGUGCUCGAUAGAUGGUGAGUGUAAGGACGACGGACUUUGGAAACGUGGAGAGAUUGUACGUCUUCGCCACAAGGAGACAAACCACAUGCUGUAUACUAGCUCCACGGCGCGUUUUGAUGACAACAACUGUCCGCAUUGCCCCAUUAAUGGCCAGCAAGAAGUUAGUGGGAGCUCUAUGGUUACUCAGGAUACACUUUGGUUUGCUGGAGAAGGCGUUUACGUGACGGAAUGA